CUCACACAAGGAGCUUAAGAACGACAGACAUGAAGUAUGCUCGCUCCCUGUCGUCCAACGCUGCACUCGCUGGCUUCUGCGCCUCUCUCUCUCCCGCAUAUUCUUGACAGCCAGUGUUAGCGCUCCGGCACCCCUCCACUUCGCUGUCUGAACACAUAGAUAACGAUGCGCUGGCUUCGGAGCGCGACCCUCUGGGCCCUGCUUGCGCCCCUCUCGUACGCCGUGGUGGAUGACCCAGCCAUUGAGGCCGCCCCUUAUCACAAAGAGUUCGUCCUGUUCCGCAGCGCCAAUAUGGCCUCUCCGGAUAAGCUCUCCAGCGGAAUUGGCUUCCACUCCUUCCGCAUCCCGGCCGUGGUCCGGACCAGCACGGGACGCCUCCUCGCCUUCGCCGAGGGUCGUCGCCAUAACAACCGAGACUAUGGCGACAUCAAUCUGGUCUACAAGCGGACGAAGACUGCUGACAACAACGGCGACUCUCUGGACGACUGGGAGUCCCUCCGGGAGGUAGUCGGCUCCGGCCCAGGCACAUGGGGUAACCCGACCCCGGUCGUCGAUGGCUACACCAUUUACCUCUUUAUGUCCUGGAACAACGGCAGCUACAGCCAAGAGGGCAACAAUCGGCUCCCCGACGGAACCAUCACCAAGAAGAUCGACACCACCUGGGCGGGCCGCCGCCACCUGUACCUCUCCGUCAGCACAGACGACGGCAACACGUGGUCGAAGCCCGAGGACCUAACCGAAUCGCUCACCCCAGACAACUGGGCAUGGGAUGCCGUCGGCCCAGGCAUUGGCAUCAAGCUCACGACCGGUGAGCUCGUGGUCCCCGCGCAGGGGCGCAACAUUAUCGGCCGCGGUACGCCCGGCAACCGCACCUGGUCCCUCCAACGCCUGACCGGGGCCGGAUCCGAGGGCACGAUCGCGCAGACGCCCGACGGCAGGCUGUACCGCAACGACCGGCCCGGCGACGGCGACUACCGGCGCGUGGCGCGAGGGACGCUCGCGGGCGGGUUCGGUGCUUUUGCCGACGACACCGGCUUGCCGGACCCGGAGUGCCAAGGGUCGGUGCUGCUGUACAACCUGGCCGACGACAAGGGCCCGGCGCGGACCGUGUUCAUGAACUCGGCCAGCAAGUCCAGUCGGCGGGCGAUGCGGGUCAGGAUUAGCUACGAUGGGGACGCGGCCAAGUGGAAUUUUGGACGCGAGUUGAGCGACGCGAAGCUGGAUGUCGAUGAGGUUGGGAACGAGGGCGGGUAUUCCAGCAUGUGCAAAACGGCGGACUUUAAGAUCGGAGCGUUGGUAGAGAGUGACUUUUAUAAUGAUGGGAAUGGCGAAGGCUCAUAUAGGGCGAUCAUCUGGAGGAAGUUCAAUCUAUCUUGGAUCUUGCAUGGGCCCCGAAACUAGAGACACCAGACGAAACUGGUCAAUGUGUGCAAGAAGGUUACUGGGUGAAUACCAUGGAAGUAAGAGAAGUGAUAAUAGCCAAAAUGGAAG